GGUCUGGCUGGUCCAUAGUUCAUAAAGGGUCUUGACCAUGUCGGAGUCAGGGGAGAUGAGUGAAUUUGGCUACAUUAUGGAAUUGCUUGCCAAGGGCAAGGUGACUAUCAAGAAUAUCGAAAAGGAGCUUAUUUGCCCAGCAUGCAAGGAGCUGUUUACACACCCGCUGAUCCUUCCCUGCCAGCACAGCGUCUGUCAUAAAUGUGUGAAAGAACUCUUACUGUCUCUUGAUGACUCAUUCAACGAUGUGGCGUCAGACAGCUCUAAUCAGAGCAGCCCUCGGCUCCGGCUCACCUCCCCCAGCAUGGAUAAAAUCGACAAGAUUAACAGACCAGGCUGGAAGCGUAAUUCACUGACCCCCAGACCAACCAUGUUUCCUUGUCCUGGCUGCGAGCAUGAUGUGGAUCUUGGAGAGCGAGGAGUCAGUGGUCUGUUUCGAAAUUUCACUUUGGAAACGAUUGUCGAGAGGUACCGGCAGGCUGCUAGGGCAGCCACAGCCAUUAUGUGUGACCUUUGUAAACCACCACCCCAGGAAUCUACAAAGAGCUGCAUGGAUUGUAGUGCAAGCUACUGCAACGAAUGCUUCAAAAUUUAUCAUCCCUGGGGCACGGUAAAAGCCCAGCAUGAGUAUGUGGGCCCCACCACUAAUUUCAGACCCAAGAUUUUAAUGUGCCCAGAACAUGAGACAGAGAGAAUAAACAUGUACUGUGAACUGUGCAGGAGACCGGUUUGCCACCUCUGUAAGUUGGGUGGGAAUCAUUCCAAUCACCGGGUAACCACCAUGAGCAGUGCCUACAAAACAUUAAAGGAGAAACUUUCAAAAGACAUUGAUUUCCUUAUUGGUAAGGAAAGCCAGGUGAAGAGUCAAAUUUCUGAACUAAACUUGUUAAUGAAAGAAACAGAGUGCAAUGGAGAGAGGGCGAAGGAAGAAGCGCUGGCACAUUUUGAGAAGCUCUUUGAAAUCCUGGAAGACAGGAAGUCGUCUGUUCUGAAAGCCAUAGAUGCCUCUAAGAAACUAAGACUAGAUAAAUUUCACACUCAAAUGGAAGAGUACCAAGGCCUUCUAGAGAAUAACGGGCUUGUGGGAUAUGCUCAGGAAGUGCUGAAGGAGACGGAUCAGUCUUGCUUUGUGCAGACAGCAAAGCAGCUCCAUCUCAGAAUACAGAAAGCUACAGAAUCCCUGAAGAGCUUUAGACCUGCAGCCCAGGCUUCUUUUGAAGACUAUGUUGUUAACAUUUCGAAACAAACAGAGGUGCUUGGAGAAUUGUCCUUUUUCUCUAGUGGCAUAGACAUUCCUGAGAUCAACGAGGAACAGAGUAAAGUGUAUAAUAAUGCCCUGAUAGACUGGCACCAUCCAGAAAAGGACAAAGCCGACAGCUAUGUUCUCGAAUACCGCAAGAUUAAUAGAGACGAAGAAAUGAUAUCCUGGAAUGAGAUAGAAGUUCAUGGCACAAGUAAAGUUGUCUCCAAUCUUGAAAGCAACAGUCCCUAUGCGUUCCGAGUGAGAGCUUACAGGGGUUCUAUCUGCAGUCCCUGCAGUCGAGAACUGGUUCUGCAUACUCCUCCAGCUCCAGUUUUCAGUUUCCUGUUUGAUGAAAAGUGUGGCUACAAUACUGAGCAUCUCUUGCUGAACCUGAAGAGAGACCGGGUAGAAAGCAGAGCUGGAUUUAAUGUCCUCCUCGCUGCGGAACGCAUCCAAGUGGGCCAUUACACAAGCUUAGACUACAUCAUCGGGGAUGUCGGAAUCACGAAAGGUAAACACUUCUGGGCCUGCCGUGUGGAACCGUAUUCAUACCUGGUGAAAGUGGGAGUUGCUUCCAGUGACAAACUGCAAGAGUGGCUGCGCUCUCCCCGGGACGCAGCUAGUCCAAGAUAUGAGCAAGACAGUGGGCAUGACAGCGGAAGUGAGGACGCCUAUUUUGAUUCUUCACAACCGUUUACAUUAGUUACUAUAGGCAUGAAGAAAUUUUUUAUACCCAAGUCACCUACUUCUUCUAAUGAACCCGAAAACAGAGUUCUCCCCAUGCCAACAAGUAUAGGGAUUUUCCUUGACUGUGAUAAAGGCAAAGUGAGCUUCUAUGAUAUGGACCACAUGAAAUGCCUAUAUGAGCGCCAGGUGGACUGUUCACACACAAUGUACCCCGCUUUUGCGUUAAUGGGCAGUGGCGGGAUCCAGCUUGAGGAAACCAUCACCGCGAAGUAUCUGGAAUAUGAAGAGGAUGUGUAGCUUGGACACCCCACAGGACGAGGAUCAGAACUGUGAACAAAGCCAUGCCGUGGUGUUAGAGUCUUCGUAACUAAUUACAUAUCAUUUACGUCUCUGUCACCACACCUGUUUGUACUGUGUGAUUCUUUGUUUUGUUUUGUUCUGCUUUGACACACACAGUCUCAGUGUGUAGUCCAGGCCAGCUUCAAACUCUGUUCUGUUAUAGCCUCCUUAGGGGCUGGGAUUAUAGGCAGGCACCACCAUACCCAGCUAGUGUAUGAUUCACAACUUUUUUCAUGUCAUAAUGGUCUUACCUUUUACAAAUGGUGGGAGUAGAGACUUGUCUUAACUGGUCCAGGAUAGAUAACUCUACAAUGGAAGUCCUUCUCUUUGGGGACAAGGACUCUAAUUGAUGUAAGUC